UCUCUAUCAUCAGUACAAUAGUGAUGGAUCUUCUUCAAAAGUUCAUCACCUUUGUCUUCCUCUCUCUCGUGAUCUCUCCUUCCACUUCUGGCUUCUCGACAGGCGAUGCCAAAUCUUGGUGUAGCAAAAUGCCUUACCCACAACCAUGUGAGUACUUCUUGACCCACAACCCUAAGAAUAUCCCCAUCAAGCAAAAAUCCGACUUCCUCAAGGUCUCGAAGCAGCUCGUGCUCGAGCGAGCCUUGCGGGCCCAUAGCAAUGCAUACUCACUAGGCUCCAAGUGUCGUAACGAGCGCGAGAAGGCCGUGUGGGCUGACUGCCUCGAGCUCUAUGAGCAGACCAUUCUCCGCCUCAACCGAACCGUCGACCUCAAGUGCACCCAAGAAGAUGUGCAGACGUGGCUCAGCACAGCCCUAACCAACCUUGAGACCUGCCGAACUGGGUUUGUCGAGCUCGGUGUUUCUGACUAUGUGUUACCUUUGAUGUCAAAUAAUGUUACAAAAUUGAUAAGCAACACUUUGGCCCUAAACCAUGUGCCGUACAAACCACCAAGCUACACGAACGGGUACCCCAAUUGGGUGAGGCCCGGUGAUCGGAAGCUCUUGCAAUCCUCAUCCCCAUCAUCUAAGGCAAAUAUAGUAGUGGCCAAGGAUGGUUCUGGGAAGUACAAGACCAUUAAAGAGGCCAUAACUGCAGCAUCAAAGCGGUCUGGAACCGCGAGGUAUGUGAUCUAUGUCAAGGCCGGGACAUAUAAGGAGAACAUUGAAGUGGGUAGCAAAUUGAAGAACAUUAUGUUUGUGGGAGAUGGUAUUGGGAAGACCAUUAUCACCGGAAGCAGAAGCGUGGGCGGAGGAUCUACCACCUUCAAAUCAGCCACUGUUGCUGUCGUUGGUGAUGGAUUCAUAGCCCGAGACAUCACUUUUCGCAACACCGCUGGUGCAGCCAAUCAUCAGGCAGUUGCCUUACGGUCUGGCUCUGAUCUUUCCGUCUUCUACAAAUGCAGCUUUGAAGGCUAUCAAGACACCCUCUAUGUCCACUCAGAGCGACAAUUUUAUAGAGAAUGCAACAUCUAUGGGACAGUCGACUUCAUAUUCGGAAAUGCCGCUGUUGUUUUCCAGAAUUGCAACAUCUACCCUCGAAACCCUCCCAACAAAACUAACACCAUCACUGCACAAGGCCGAACCGAUCCAAAUCAGAAUACCGGCAUCUCCAUCCACAAUUGCCGGGUCACCGCAGCUUCAGAGCUAAAACGAGUCCAAAGCUCUGUUAAGACUUACCUCGGUAGACCGUGGAAAGAAUAUUCUAGAACUGUCUUCAUGAAGACUUAUCUUGAUAGCUUGAUUAACCCAGCUGGUUGGAUGGAGUGGAACGGCAACUUUGCUCUCAAGACCUUGUACUAUGGUGAGUACAUGAAUACCGGACCCGGGUCAUCAACUAAGAAUAGAGUGAAAUGGGGAGGUUAUCGGGUCAUCACUAGCGCGUCAGAGGCUUCAAAGUUCACCGUCGGGAGCCUCAUCGCGGGCAACUCUUGGUUGCCUGCGACAGGCGUGCCUUUCACUUCUGGCCUCUAAAUCAAGAGAGAUGGAGUGCAUAUUGGUUCAUUCUAUCUCAAUAACCUCAAGUUGAAAAAGUUAGGUGAAGGAAUCACCAACUAAGGACAGCAUGACAUCAACAAUCAUUUUCUACGUUGACAAUAAGUACAAUCGUACAUGGAUCGUGAAGAUUGUCUGCAUGUAGGAUUUUAAAUUCUUUAAUUUUCAGCUCGUCGUGAUAUCUCAAGUAUUUGUAAUUCUUUAUAAUACGAAAAUCUCUACUGGGCCCCCGAAAUGUUUCCUAAUUCAUAUUUUGUGUUCUCCCAUUUGACUA